UGAGAUAUGUGUCAUGAACUCCAUCGCCGCCAGCUAGAAACGGAUAUUGUCCCAAGUGCUCUCAAACUAUUAUGGGGCUUCUUCAUCUCAAAGCAAAAUCCAUCGAUUAUCAUUGUAAUUAAUUAAAGCCGACAAGGACCGCGGGGAGGGAGAGUAGUUUGCAACGGGGAGUUUUCGAUAUCAGGUUCAAAGUUACAUCUAGACUACGGCACUCCUUCGCGUGCAGCUAUACAUGCUUUGCCAUCGCGAAUCGCCCUCCUCAUAUAUUAAUUGAAAUGUUUGUGGAACCAACAGCAACGACACUGCAGUGCGCAAUCAAUACAUCAACCUGACUGAUGGCGUAAGUGUGGCGAGUGAACAAAAUUACCCGCAGACCCAAUCUAGAGAAAGGAGGAGGGAUGGAUCCAACGUCUUUGCAGGCCAGGCGAGGCCGCAGCAGCAUAAAUGAAUUGAAUUGAAAUGAGCACUUUAGCACUUAAAAAGCCAUCUUGCUUUACUUGCCUUCUACUUCUCCCUCCUCUCCCGAAAUGCUACUACAAGUCUCCCGUUCCGCGGGCCCACACCCCACAGCCACAGGCCUCCAUCCAUCCAGUGACAAUUGUCAGCAGUCCGUACAAUGUUGGGCCGGAACCUGCAUUUCUCCGCUUUUCUUUUGCUACUGAACUUUUCCCUGGAAAUUCACUUGAGCAUUUCACUAACUCCAGACGGCCUCUCGUUGCUCUCCAUAAAAUCCGCCGUGGAUUCCGGCGCCGGUGAGGCUUUUUCGGACUGGAACGAGGAAGACGCGACGCCGUGCCGCUGGACCGGAAUUUCGUGUAUGAAUAUUUCCGGGUCGGAUGAUCCUCGAGUUGUUGGAAUUUCUGUUGCCGGGCAGAAUCUCCGGGGCUAUAUUCCAUCAGAGCUUGGCAGCUUGAUUUAUCUCAGGCGACUUAAUUUUCAUGGCAAUAAUUUUUAUGGUUCAAUCCCUGAUCAGUUGUUCAAUGCUUCUUCAUUGCACAGCAUUUUCCUUUAUGGCAACAACCUCUCCGGUUCUUUGCCUCCCUCUUUAUGCAACGUCCCUCGCUUGCAAAAUCUUGAUAUUUCGAGAAAUUCUCUCUCGGGUCCGCUGCCCAAGAUUCUCCGCAAUUGCAGGCAGUUACAGAGGUUAAUCCUUGGUGGAAAUCAGUUCUCGGGCGAGAUUCCCGAAGGGAUCUUCCCUGAGCUUGCUAAUUUAGAGCAGCUCGAUUUAUCUGCAAACAAAUUUAAUGGUUCGAUUCCGGAUGAUAUGGGAGAGUUGAAGUCACUGUCGGGGACUUUGAAUCUGUCGUUCAAUCAUUUCACGGGGACGAUACCGAAAUCUUUGGGCGAGUUGCCGCUCACAGUAAGUUUCGAUCUUAGGAAUAAUAAUUUGAGUGGUGAGAUUCCCCAGACAGGGUCCUUCGCCAAUCAGGGCCCGACUGCGUUUGUCAAUAAUCCAAACUUGUGUGGUUUUCCGCUGCAAAAGUCUUGCAAGAAUACGCCAGGUGCUCCCGCUAAGGGUAUCCGGGACGGGGGGGAGGGUGUGAGCGAGGAGCAGAAGGGGCUGAAGCCAGGGCUGAUAAUACUGAUAUCAGUGGCAAAUGCUGUAGGAGUGGCAUUUAUAGGAUUGGUGGCGGUGUAUGUGUAUUGGAAGAGAAAGGACUCCCAUGGCCAUGGAUGCAGUUGUACUGGAAGGGGGAAGCUUGGAGGGAAAAGCAAUGAGAAGGUUGGCCUAUGCCCAUUUCCUUGCAUCAAUGGCUUUCCAAGCAACGACGCCUCGGAAGGGGAGGAGUCGGAGAAGGGUGCCGGGGGAGGGAUGAGUGGCAGAGCGAGUGGCACCGGCACCGGGGAGGGGGACUUGGUAGCCAUUGAUAAGGGGUUCAACUUCGAGUUGGACGAAUUGCUGAGGGCUUCGGCAUAUGUGUUGGGGAAGAGUGGUCUGGGCAUAGUGUAUAAAGUGGUGCUGGGGAAUGGGGUGCCAGUGGCAGUGAGGAGGCUGGGGGAAGGCGGGGAGCAGAGAUACAAGGAGUUUGUGGCAGAAGUCCAGGCGAUCGGGAGGAUAAAGCAUCCCAACAUUGUGAAGCUGAGAGCGUACUACUGGGCACCCGAUGAAAAGCUUCUCAUCAGUGACUUCAUAUCCAACGGAAAUUUGGCUUCUGCUCUUCGCGGCGGGAGGACGAGCCAGAGCCAGAGCCAGAGCCAGCCUUCUUCUUCAUCCAGCUUUUCUUGGUCCAUCAGACUGAAGAUCGCCAAGGGCACGGCUAGGGGCUUGGCCUACCUGCACGAAUGCAGCCCGAGGAAAUUCGUCCAUGGAGACGUCAAGCCAUCCAACAUUCUCCUUGACAAUGAUUUCCGGCCAUACGUCUCUGAUUUUGGCCUCAACCGUCUCAUCACUAUCACAGGGAACAACCCCUGCUCGUCCGGAGGCUUCAUUGGUGGUGCCCUUCCAUAUAUGAAGCCACCUCAGCCGGAGAAAAUAAACAACAGCUAUCGGGCACCGGAAGCUCGGACCCCUGACGGCCGACCAACCCAGAAGUGGGAUGUAUACUCGUUUGGGGUCAUCCUACUAGAAUUGCUGACGGGGAAGUCACCGGAGGUUUCAUCUCCACCCACCACCAGCUCAACCUCCUCCUCCUCUACAGAGUUGUUUCCAGACCUGGUAAGAUGGGUGAGGAAAGGGUUCCAGGAGGAGAGUCCGCUGUCAGAUAUGGUAGACCCGGUGUUGCUCCAGGAGGUGCACGCCAAGAAGGAAGUGCUGGCGGCAUUUCACAUCGCACUUGCGUGCACAGAGGGAGAUCCAGAAAUCCGACCCAGGAUGAAGACUGUGUCUGAAAAUCUUGAUAAGGUCGGAGGAGGAUCCUGAACGAGCAGAGCACGAGGGAGGGCAGGUUGUUGCCAGAUUUUUACUGUUACUAUUAUUUUUAUUGCUACCGCUGCUGUUAUGGAUGAAUGGGGAUCACUCUUGUCUUCCUUCUUGCAGUAGAGAAAUGGAAAAAGGAAUGCGUCGCAGGGUUUCUCCUAGAUUUGAGAGACAUUUCCUGAAAUUUAUUAUCAGCCAUAUUUUGUUUCAAUUCUUUUUUUACUCUGUAGUUACAACCGCCGCCUUGGGUUGCGUCACCUUCUCAUUCUAAUUCAGUUCAAUAGACAAACCAUUUGUAAACUGAGACUCUUUCUGCACAUCAAUCCGAUAAUCUUAGAGUGCGUU